GCAGCUGAGAACGAUCCAAUUUUUUUUGCAUCAUCUUUUUGCGCAGGGGCAUUUGCCGGUAUGCUAUCUAAAUCAAUCGUUGCGCCAUUAGAUAGAGCUAAAAUCAAUUUCCAAGUGUCAUCGGCAACUCGUUACUCAAUAUUUGAAGCAAUGAAAUUUUUGAAAACAACAUACCACGAAACAGGUUUAUUAUCUCUUUGGCGUGGUAAUUCAGCGACAUUAGUUCGAGUUGUACCGUAUGCUGCUAUACAGUUUGCAUUUCACGAGCAAUACAAAUAUUUACUGAAAGUUGACUUUGACAAAAAACGAACACCCAUUCGAAGACUACUAGCUGGGUCCUUAGCUGGUGUAACAGCAACUAUUUUCACAUAUCCACUAGAUACCGCAAGAGUUCGACUUGCUUCAUCAAAACAUACUGAAUAUAUUAACCUCAGAUCCGUUUUUGCUAAAAUGUAUUCUACAGAAGGCAUUAGGUCAUUUUACUAUGGAUUAACACCAUCUUUACUGGGAAUUAUGGCUUAUGCCGGUGGAAGUUUCUAUACAUUUGGCACACUGAAACUAUUUCAUAAAGAACAUACGAAUCAACCAAUCUCUCCGUAUGACCGUCUUAUUUAUGGUGCUAUUUCUGGUACAGUUGGUCAAGUUAUAUCAUAUCCAAUAGAUAUUGUUCGCAGACGAAUGCAAACUGGUCGCAUUUCAUCAAAGAGUAGAAUUUUGCAUGUACUACAUGAGAUAUACCGCAAAGAAGGAGUAUUCAAUGGGCUAUAUAAGGGAAUAAGCAUGAAUUGGAUUAAAGUAAGAUACAGUUUAAAAUUAUAA